UAUGAUUUUUUGUGAUUUGUUUCUGAAUAACUUGGAUGUAACUGUUAAUAGAGAACAUAAUGUUUUUGUCUUUGUUAUGCAGUUUUGCAGUGAAUGAGAGAUACCCCCACACUGUCAGACCAAUCAUCUCCCAUGGCAGACGAGCACAACCUUCAUCCGACAGCACUCUGAGCCUUGGAGGCCCUUCCCUGCAUCUCCCUGUGUGCUGGUGUGUGCUUGUGCACACAUCCCUGGAAACAAAUAUGAAAAUGCUCAUGUAGCGGGAUUUAUAGCCCCUACGUCUCCCCCAGAUCAGUCAGAUGUCAGACCCCACUGUCCCAAUCACUUUCAAAGCCGUCAUGGAAAAAUCCAAAAACUUCAGAAUUGACGCCCUGCUCGCCGAUGAGACCAACCGCGUGAGCCGAGACACCUCCCCCGGUCUGAGCAGCGACAGCCCCGCGGGCAGCCCGGUCUCCUGCCGCCGGGCGGACACCCCGUCUCCGCGGGCCGCACAGCUCCAAGGAUUAAUCCACAAACCCGGGGUUCUAAAUCUCCCACAUCCGGGACUUGCUUCGAUUCCCGCCAUGUACCACGCGCCCAUGUACCCGUUCUCCGCGUUGGGGGGGCAGCACCCCGCGUACGCGUACACCGGCUUCACGCAGCUCACGCAGUCCUACCCGGAGCACCUGAAGGCGGCUGCCAUGGCGGGAUCUCUGCCCCUGGAGCACUGGUUCCGCGCCGGGAUCAUGAUGCCGCGACUGCCGGAUUACACCAUGGGCCCCCAGUCUGGGCUGUUGGGGAAGUGCCGGAGGCCUCGCACCGCCUUCACCAGUCAGCAGCUGCUGGAGCUGGAGAACCAGUUCAAGCUCAACAAAUACCUCUCCAGACCCAAACGCUUCGAAGUGGCCACCUCGCUAAUGCUGACUGAAACACAGGUCAAGAUCUGGUUCCAAAAUCGCAGGAUGAAGUGGAAACGCAGCCGGAAGGCAAAGGAGCAGGGCGGCGCAUCGGCCCAGUCUCAGGCUAAGCAACUGCGCAACGGGGGCAAAACCGCCACGGACAAAUCAAGCGACCGCCGACGCACCGAGGACCCGGACGGCAGGGGGGUAGAGCUCGACCUGGAGGAUGGAGAAGAGGAGGACGAGGAGGACGAGGAGGAGGAGGAAGAGGAGGAUGCCCACGGUUUCCCUGUUGCGAUGCCGCGUGCCACGGACUUCCUGCAGCGCAGCACCGACGUUGGCUACAGUCCACACAGCCCUUUCUCCGAUGAGGAGCUGGAGGGGGUGCAGGCAGGAGGAGGUGACAGGAAGAUCGGGGCCGGACUCUGAAAACAGGGGGGGGGGAAAAAACCUCCUGACAAUUACAGACGCACUGGGACAAGUCUGCGUCUGUGGUCACAUGCAGAAAAUGCCACAAAUAUACUUUAUGGACCAACUGUGAAUAAAAUACUGUACAUUUCGUAGCAUGCCGAGGGAGGAAAAAAAAGUUCUAAUUUCCUCCCAAAAUGUUGCCGUUUUCGUACCAAUCACCGUGUGGUCCCCUUGUGUUCGCGCCCUCCACUGGCGGCCGCAGCUCAGUGAGCGCACAUGGCCGCAGGACGCGCACAGUGUUUUCCUCCAGGACGCACAGGAGCCGAUAGGCGCAGUUUUCCAUCACGAAGAAGAAAACAAUGAUGUUGGGACCAGAGAAACAACACAAGCUCAAAAACAUCUGAAGCUCCAGAUGUCUCAUGUAUCACAUUUACUUUGGUGCACUAAUGUGUAAAUAUUGGUGGGAUUAUGUUGAUGUUUUAGAAUGUGUUCUCGUCACUUACGUGUAAAUUAACUUAAUUUAUUUGAAUGACUGCAAAGAUGAAUCACUCGUGUAUUUGUCUGAAAUGUGUUUGUGGUGUACCUGUGAAAUACGAAAAAUAGAGCGAAAUAAAAAAAGAACUGUAAAAUG